CUCAACGUACCUGUUUUGUAAUCUUCCACGACACCACCUAUGAUCGAUUCUCUGCUUCCUAGGAUCCCCAUCUUCUAGGACUAAUGUCCUCUUGUAUGUUCCUUCCACGCACCAUAAGUGUGCCUCCACCUGAAAGCCACACUCCCACCACUUCAAUUCUCGUUUAACUAAGCAUCAUGCAUUCUCCUCACACACUCGAGACUAGUGCCGAACACAAGCUUGAUGUUGCUGAUAAAAAGGAGGAGAGGAUCAACCGCCUGCAACGAGCUCAGUGGCUCCGAGCAGCCAUUCUGGGAGCAAAUGAUGGGUUGCUUUCCGUUACAUUGCUUAUGCUUGGUGUAGGCGCGGCAAAAGAGAGCAAAGAGUCCAUGAUUGUAUCCGGACUUGCUGGUGCUUUUGCAGGGGCUUGUAGCAUGGCUGUUGGGGAGUUCGUCUCUGUGUCAACACAGAGGGACAUCGAGAGAGAAGCAGCUGUUGGCAAUUCUAGUUCAAGAACCGAGGCAUGCAGUCAAGAUCAUGGUGCCGGUGAGAUCAAGCUUCAUAUCACUGACACUGCCAAUGGAACUAAGCCACCAUUCGAGACUAACGUUGCAGUGUCACCUGCACUGAGAAAGUCGGAAUGUGAAGGUGAGCCAUCUUCGGAUAAAAUGACACCUGGCCGGAAGUUUCCCCAUGUUCUUUCUUCUCCUGCAAGGUCUCCGGUGAUGAAAGUGAUAGCAGGAGAUGCUGCAAAGAAAAUUAUUACUAUACAAGAGGCAAAAGAGGAGGAGGAUGAAGAUAGAGUACUGCCAAACCCAUACAAGGCUGCAAUUGCAUCAGCCUUGGCGUUUCUUUGUGGGUCGCUUGUUCCUCUGUUAGCAGCUAUGUUUGUUAAUGAGAGCACCACUAGGAUCGCAGUCAUCGUGGUAGUAACAACGAUAGCUCUGGUGCUUUUCGGAGGAAUUGGAGCUUAUCUCGGUGGCUCAUCAAUUAGGGUAUCUGCAGUGAGACUUCUGGUUGGAGGGUGGCUUUCAAUGGCCCUCGCUUAUGGGUUGCUCAAGCUUAUAGAUAAGGGCGAAAAGAAUUCUCACACAGAUUAAUGCUACCAUACAUGUGUGAACACAAUUCUGUCAUGUUGCAUUUGGAGCACCGAUUUUGGUGGUCCAAAACAAAGUUUCAGCAUAAGCAGGUCAUUGUGACUUUAUAAGUAUUAUCAAUAGUGAUUAAUGCUACCAUGCAAGUAUAAACAAGAUUUUUGAUGUCUUUUAUGUACUGCUGAAGGUGAAGACAUACUGUUGAUUCAUAAAAUGAUAAAUUGGGGAGAUACUUGUUGAAGUUUAUUCACCUGACAGAAACUUCUUGUGUACAUAGUAUAAAAUAUGAAUGAUAUUUUCAAGGUUGACCUUUUA